AUGGCCGCUCGCGACGACAACAAGGCGGAGCUAGGCCCCAGGCCGUCAGCCACCAACUAUGCGGUGUACAAUCCUCAGGUCGAGCUCAUCGAGGCUGCUAUCGCAACCGGCGAGGAGGAAACCCAGCUCCCGCGCAAGGAACUCUUCCGGCGGUACUGGCCCGCCGCCGUCUACAGCAUGCUUCUCAGCAUGGCUUUGAUUAUGGAGGGCAUGGAUGUCGGUCUUAUCAACAACUUCUUUGCGCAUCCGGCCUACCUCAGGCGCUUCGGAUGGCCCGAUGCCAACGGCAAGCAACAUAUCUCAACCCAGUGGCAGGGAGCCAUCGGUGCCGGCAACAACAUUGGAUCGAUCUUUGGUCUGUUAUUGAACGGCUACCUGCAGUCCCGAUUCGGUUCCAAGAAGGUCUACGUCGGCACCAUGGUCCUCAUGGCCGGUUGCAUCUUCAUCCUCUUCUUCGCCGUCAACGUCGAAAUGCUGCUCGCUGGUAACAUUAUCUGCGGUAUCCCAUGGGGUAUCUUCCAGACCCUCACUACCGCCUACGCCGCCGAGAUUUGCCCGCCGGCUAUGCGUGGUUACCUGACUGCCUGGGUGUCCAUGUGCUGGGGGGCUGGCAGUUUCCUCGCAACUGGUGUCCUUCGUAGCUCCGUCAACAACCUGAGCGAUGCCGGCUGGCGCAUCCCGUAUGCCGUCCAGUGGGUCUGGAUUCCUCCUCUAUUUAUCGUCGGCUGUGUCGCGCCAGAGAGUCCCUGGUACCUCGUGCGCCGCGGCCGCAUUGAGGAUGCCGAGAAGAGCCUGCGUCGCCUCGCGCGCAAGGAUCACUACACUGAGCAGAGCAUGGCUGAGACGCUCGCUCUAAUGAAGCACACCAACGAAAUGGAGAAGAUCGAGGCGGCCGGCGCCAGCUACAAAGACUGCUUCCAUGGCACCAAUCUGCGCCGCACGGCUGUCGUCUGCAUGGCUUGGGUCAUCCAGAUGUUCAACGGCCAGUCUAUCACACAGUACGCUGCCAUCAUGCUCACCUCCAUCGGCAUGGACGCCACCAUGGCUUUCAACUACAACAUGGCCAUUCAGUCUGUCAACAUUGUGGCCACAGGCACUGCCAUCGUGCUCAUGGGCAAGAUUGGACGUCGCACCUUCUAUCUCUUCGGGACUAUUGGUAUCGGCUUCUUCAUGCUCAUCACCGGCAUUGUCGGAUUCGCCACAACCCGCUCGCAGUCUGCCAUCCCGACUGCUGUUUUCUUGAUCAUCGUGCAGUGCAUCUUCAAGAUCUCCCUCGGCCCCACGACCUACGUCGUCGUCGCCGAGAUUGCGGCCAGCCGUGUCCGUGCCCAGACCAUCGUCCUGGGCCGUGCCAUCUACGUGUGCUGCGGCAUCAUCACCCAGCAGAUCAACCCGCGCAUGCUCAACGCGACCAGCGACGCCUGGAACUGGGGCGCCAAGACCGGCAUGUUCUACUUCGGACUGUGCUUCCUUUGGGUCGUCUGGAUCUGGUUCUUCCUGCCCGAGACCAAGGAGCGCAGCUUUGCCGAGAUUGACUACCUCUUCCAGAAGAAGAUCGAUGCUCGCAAGUUCGCGACGACUCCUGCCGAUAUCUUCGAGUUCACCCCGCCCGACCCGACUGCUGCCAAGAUCCUCGACGUCGAGCACACUGAGACUCCCGCCCCAGCACCCGAGAUUCAGGAGGAUAGACGCGCGAAGUAG